AUGGGAAGACGCAAUUCCGAGAAUAAUGACCGUCGAACUGAACAAUUCCGCAAACUGUUUAUAGGAGGUCUGACUCCUCUCACUACAGAAGCCAAGUUGAAGGACUUUUACUCACAAUGGGGAGAGAUUGUAGACGUAGUGGUGAUGAAAGAUGGUCGUACAAAUCGUUCUAGAGGUUUUGGAUUUAUAACAUACAAGGAACCAGAGAUGGUGGAUGCUGCCCAAGCUAACAGGCCACAUGAGAUUGAUGGCAAGACAGUGGAGGCUAAACGAGCUAUGCCACGUGAAGAUUCCAACAGUCCUGAGUCUCAUAUGACGGUGACUAAACUCUUCGUUGGAGGCUUAAAGAAGGAUGUAACGCAAGAGGAACUGCGCGAAUACUUCAGCAAGUAUGGCAAUAUCACCGAGUGUGAGGUGGUAUCCUGGAAGGAAACAGGCGAGUCGCGUGGCUUCGGCUUCGUCACGUUCGAUGACUACGACCCUGUUGACAAGGCUAUCUUGUACAAGCCCCAUCACAUAGGCUCCAGCAGAGCAGAUGUCAAGAAAGCCCUCAGUAAAGAGCAAAUCAAUACGAUGAAAAAGAAGCAGGAGUCCAGGAAUGAGUAUAAUAACAACUAUGGUGGCGGUGGCUAUGGCCCAAUGGGUGGUGGUGGCUACGGCGGGUACGAAGGAGGCUAUGGAGGAUCUUAUGGAGGUAAGUUGCACAUCUACCGUUCCUAG